GAAUUUAAUAGCUUAUAUAUGCAUCAUCAUUGCAUGGGUUCAACGUACCGAGUAUACAUACAUUAUGCAUUUCAAUAAGACACAAUGGAUCAGAGUUCCACCGUAAGGCAGCAUUAAUUGCUACCUCUCCAGAAAAUUAUCAUCGUAGUAGGUAAAUGUCUACUGAUUUCUAAUUCGUUUUAUUCGUUUUAUUUCUUCAGUCGAACGGGACAUAAUGUUGCGGCACUCGGUAUCUCAAGUCUUCGGCUUAAAGCACCCUGCUUUAUCCCCACGUGAGAAUGACGACAUUGGACAGCAACCUCGGCCGCCCGACAUAAAAACAAAUCAGUUGUCGGCUCAGACAUCACCAAAUGUCUUAUCUCUAAACUCAUCACCUCAGUCGUCAUACUCUCAAGAGCCGAUUUCAAUGCCGAUGCCGACUCCGGUUCCGGUCCCGGCAGUUCAGCCAUUGCCGCUUCCCGGUCACAUGCCACAAGGUAUCGCAGGACCGAUACCAUACCCUUCGACUCUUGCGACUAUGAAGAUGGACGCUUCGAGUCUGCAUCCUGUUUUCUUCACCGAGAGGUUACGAAGGUCGCCGUUCGUGUUUGACUCGGUGGGAGUAACUAGCCCCGUUGCGCAUGGAUACGCCUAUCCGGAAACACAGCGAAGAACCGACGGAACUAUUUCUUCUAGAUUAUGAGGGAUGUUUUUCAUGGGCAAAGGGGUAGAGGCAGGCGUCAUGAACCAAUGUUUCGACCAAUAAUUUGGAUGGCCGAGUACCCUUAACAAAUAUUCGAGCUUGUCUAGAGAAACUAUUCUUAUUAUAUCAUAAGGCGAUCUGCUUGCUACAGACUUAGCUAUAAUCAUAGGA